AUGUCUGCCAUUGAGACGCUUGUGGAAGUGGCGCUUGCUAAGGCCACCAAGGACAGUGCCGUGCAUGGCGUGGACAAGGAUCAAUACCUGUUGUGUUCCUCUGUCGUCAAAGCCGAUGUGCGCAAUUACCAUACCGUCAAGGUGCUGCAGAAGGGACUCGACGAGAGCCAGGCCAAGGCGGCCGCUCUCGCCCUGCUAUCGCAGCAAUACCCUCAGCUGGCCGCAGGCGGAGGCACCGCCUCGGAUGGCCCCGCCGAUGCGGCAGAGAAGGUUGUCAAGACACUUGAGCGUUUGUCGUCAUCACAGUUGGGUCACCUGGCCGCGGGCUGGGCCACGCAGCUCGGAGAGGCAUUCACCAACGCGAGCAUUCUUUCGACAGUGGAGGCCGGCUCGCUCGCGGGCCGCACCGGCAGCGGCAAGGUGCCGCUCGAGAGCGGUGAGGAGGCGCAGAUGCCUUACACCGUCAUCCAAGGACCAUCCGAGGGCAUGUACGUGCUCGAGGAGAGCGGAGCACAGGGCGAGCCACGACGCUCGGUCAUCCUCAACACCACGCUGGUGACCCUCAUGCUACAGCCGACGCAGGCACACGUCGUCUCGAACGCGACGCUUGUCAAGAUCAACGGCUCGAGCAGUGCUCUGGCUGUUUUCCGCAAGUUGCCCAAGUCAGGCAGCGCCGCCGAAGACCACGUCUCGCUAGAGGAGAUUCUCCAGUUAGCAGACGGUCUUCCGGCCGCGGGCGCGGUCUCGCUCUCGGGAGAGGAGCGCGUCAAGACGUUCGCCCGGGCUCUCGAGGCCAAAGUCUCCGGCGGAGAAGGCUCUAGCUGGUUGGCGGCAGUUGGGGACAAGGCGACCUACUCCGUCUUCGAGCUUCGGAGUCAGCUCGAGAGGCUUGGCCCCGACUUCACGCCGGUCGCCGCGCUGCCCGCACCCAAGUCGUGCGCGGAGUUCUUCACGCGCAACAUCCGCGGGGAGAACUGGGGCGACUUCGCCAAAAGGGUCGCCCCUCUGAUUGAACCCGAUGAGCAGCGGUGCAAUUUCAUCCGCUCCAGCGAGGCGGUCCUUCGCGACGCGAUCGAGCGAUGGCUGGAAAGUGGGCUCGGCAGCCUCCGAGAGGCUUCCGUUGCGUCGCUCGCCCUUCGCACCGACUGGUCGGUGGACGCAGCGUGCUCGCUGAUGUACCAAUUUGCGAUGGCCAAGGACCAGCAGCGGCUCGCCCCGCCCACUCCGCCACCGGGCGUGCCGCCCCCGAUCCUUACGCAGCCGAUCAUCAAGAUCACGACGGGCGGAUCGGGUGAGGGCGGCGACGAGGCCCUCUCCGCGGCCGCUGCCGCGCAGAGCUUGACGACCGCGGAGCGCGAGUGCGUCAAGAGGCUCGCCGCACUCGCCGCCAUCGAGGACAACAAAGGGGUCGAUGAGAUCGCCAAGUACAUCGACGGCGCGUCGUCAGCAGGCGCGCCCUCCCCGCACAUCAUGCGCCUAGUGCACGCGACAGACGCUAGCGUAAACAGCCUUGCGUCGUCGUACGUUGCUGACGACGGUUUUGUUGUCGACCUUCGGUCAAUUCGCCGGGCCAUGCUUCACCGUCUGGAGUCAAUGCACUUUGGCUUCGCGACUGACAAGCAAUGGUCAGAGGAGCAGCGGCGCCAAGCAGGACGCAUUCGCGUCGGGCGCUUCAGCGAAGUGGACAUCGCCUGCCUUUUGGAGGGCCAGGAAGACGGCUUCUCCAAGAAGGCGCCGCUGGCGCACAUCAAGUGCCCUGUCAAGCUGCAGAUGGCGCUCGGAGUCUUCUUCAGCAUCUGGGCAAAGGCACACCUCACCUUCUCCAGCCAUAUCCUCGCCUUUGGCGCGAAUGUGGCCCGCUUUCUCCACCAGACGCGAGAGGACGGAGCGUCGUGGGAGCAGCUCUCGGACUACUGGCGGAAGCUGAUGCAGAAGUGCGAGCAGCCCGCGCUCCGCUUCGAGCGCAAGGAGGCACUCGCCCCACUCCAGCCGCCGCUACUCAAGUGGGCGGACGACCGCUCCGUCACACACGUUGCGGAGCUCAUGGACGCCGUCAACCGGAGCGAGCGAGAGCGGCUCGCCAAGCUGCUCGAGGAGGCGCGCGCGCCGAAGGAGAGCGCAGAGCUUGCCGAGCUCCGCAAGAUGGUCAAGCAGCAGGGGAGCAAGCAGAAGCAGCACGAGGAGCGCCUCGAGCUCAACGCCCGCCUCGGCCGCAAAGACGGCAAGGACCCGUGCUGGUUCCACCACAUCAAGGGCUCCUGCCGCUACGACGCCGCCGAGUGCCGCGGCCAUCACGGCUGA